CAAAGCACCGGGAACGAAAGAGGCAAAUUAGCCGAGAGACCUGCGUGCCUGCUUAGCAGUCGGAUAAGCGCGCCGCCUCCGCCAACCAGCUUUCAGCAGCUGCCGCAUCGCUUGUCUCAGCACCGACCUGCCGCCUGGCCGACCUCAGGGACCUGAGCAGAAAAGAAUUGAAAGAUGGAAGACGUAGUAAUUGCCGGUAUAGCAGGGAUGCUGCCAGAAUCAGAAAAUUUGCAGGAAUUUUGGGAAAAUUUGAUCAAUGGAGUAGACAUGGUUACAGAAGAUGAUCGGAGAUGGAAACCAGGAAUUUAUGGACUGCCCAAGAGAAAUGGGAAACUUAAAGACAUCAGCAAAUUUGAUGCCACAUUUUUUGGAGUUCAUGCAAAACAAGCUCACACCAUGGACCCUCAAUUACGUCUGUUAUUGGAAGUUUCUUAUGAAGCCAUUUUGGAUGGUGGUAUUGACCCAACUACCAUUCGAGGCACAGAUACAGGCGUGUGGAUUGGUGUGAGUGGGUCAGAAGCUGCUGAAGCAUUUAGCGUAGAUCCUGAACUGUUGCUGGGAUACAGUAUGACUGGCUGUCAACGUGCUAUGUUUGCCAACAGAAUCUCUUACUUUUUUGAUUUCAAAGGACCCAGUAUGUCCAUUGACACAGCCUGUUCCUCUGGCCUUGUUGCUCUGGACAAUGCUUACAAAGCAAUCAGCAGUGGACAGUGUGAAUCAGCUCUUGUAGGUGGAGUCAACCUUAUCCUGAAACCCAAUACAUCUGUACAGUUCAUGAAGCUUGGCAUGUUGAGCCCUGAAGGGACCUGCAAAUCUUUUGAUGCUGAAGGGAAUGGCUAUUGUCGCUCUGAAGCUGUUGUGGCUGUGUUUCUGACCAAGAAAUCAAAAGCUAAACGGAUUUACGCUACCAUAAUAAACUCUGGAAUUAACACAGAUGGAUUUAAAGAACAAGGUGUAACAUUUCCUUCUGGGUGGAUGCAGCAACAAUUGGUCAGUUCUCUGUACAGAGAGUCUGGAAUUAAACCUGAAGAAGUAGAAUAUAUAGAAGCCCAUGGCACAGGCACAAAGGUUGGGGAUCCGCAGGAAGUGAAUGGCAUUAUAAAUGUCUUUUGCCAAUCAGAGCGGCCACCAUUGUUGAUUGGAUCCACAAAAUCUAACAUGGGCCAUCCAGAACCAGCUUCUGGUCUUGCAGCUUUAGCAAAGGUUGUUCUGUCAUUUGAGUAUGGUGUAUGGGCACCAAAUCUCCACUACAACACCCCAAAUCCAGAUAUCCCUGCGUUAGAUGAUGGCCGCCUACAAGUAGUGACCAAGCCAACCCCCAUAAAAGGCCAAAUUGCUGGAAUCAAUUCUUUUGGCUUUGGAGGUUCAAAUGCUCAUGUCAUUCUGAGAGCUAACAGAAACAAAUCACCCCCACCAGAAGCUCCCAAUUUGCCACGAUUAUUACAGUUUUGUGGAAGGACUCAAGAAGCAGUAGAAACACUAAUAGAACAGAGCUGCAAGACACAGGAACACGCUGCAUAUCUGAGCAUGCUUAACGAUAUCUCUGGAGUAUCAGUGUCAUCCAUGCCCUACAGAGGCUAUACCUUGAUUGGAAGUGAGAAUGAUAUAAAGGAGGUUCAAAUGGCCCAGGCCUCAGGGAGACCUCUGUGGUACAUUUGUUCAGGAAUGGGGACACAGUGGAAAGGGAUGGGUCUCAGCCUAAUGAAGCUUGAUCUCUUCCGACAAUCCAUCUUGCGUUCAGACGAGGCUCUAAAGGACACAGGCUUGAAAGUCUCGGACCUUCUUUUGAGUUCAGAUGAAAAUACCUUUAAUGAAACAGUAAAUGCAUUUGUUGGGCUUGCAGCUAUUCAGAUUGCACAAAUUGAUGUUUUCAGGGCUGCAGGUUUGCAGCCUGAUGGGAUUAUUGGUCACUCCGUUGGAGAACUGGCCUGUGGCUAUGCAGAUAACUCCCUAACACAUGAAGAAGUAAUUCUCUCAGCUUACUGGAGAGGAAAAUGCGUCAAAGAUGCGAAAUUGCCACCAGGAGGCAUGGCUGCUGUUGGUCUGACAUGGGAGGAAUGCAGGGAAAAGUGUCCUCCAGGUGUGGUACCUGCCUGUCAUAAUGCUGAAGACACUGUCACCAUCUCAGGCCCUCAGGAGGCCGUAGCCAAAUUUGUGAGUAAGUUGAAAUCAGAAGGCGUGUUUGCGAAGGAAGUGCUUAGUGCUGGAGUUGCUUUCCACUCCUACUAUAUGGCUUCAAUUGCACCAGUGUUGCUGAGUGCCCUACAAAAGGUUAUCCUAAAUCCAAAGCCUCGCUCAGCCCGGUGGAUCAGUACCUCUAUCCCUGAAAGCCAAUGGCAAAGUGAGCUGGCUCAGAAUUCCUCUGCUGAAUAUCACGUGAAUAAUCUUGUCAACCCAGUCUUGUUCCAGGAAGGACUGAAGCAUGUUCCAGAUAAUGCAGUGGUAGUGGAAAUUGCUCCACAUGCUCUUCUACAGGCAAUUCUGAAAAGAUCGUUGAAACCAACCUGCACCAUUUUACCUUUGAUGAGGAGGGAACACAAAAACAAUCUGGAAUUUUUCCUGACAAAUGUUGGAAAAAUCCACUUGACAGGAAUAAAUGUCCUGGCAAACAAUCUGUUUCCACGCAUCCAAUAUCCUGUUCCAACCGGAACGCCACUUAUUUCUCCUUACAUUGCUUGGGACCACAGCCAGAUCUGGGAUGUCCCAAAACCUGAAGAUUUUCCGACAGGGUCCGGAGGUUCUGGGGCAGCAACAGUUUACAAUAUUGAUGUGAAUCCUGAAUCCCCUGAACAUUACUUAGUGGGCCAUUGCAUUGAUGGCAGAGUUCUCUAUCCAGCAACUGGUUACUUGGUACUAGCCUGGCGCACUCUAGCACGCUCCCUGGGAACUACGCUAGAAGAACUGCCUGUCAUGUUUGAAGAUGUUACAAUCCACCAGGCAACAAUACUUCCCAAAAAAGGCUUAACACAGUUGGAGGUGAGACUCAUGCCUGCUUCCCAGUGUUUUGAAGUAUCUGGAAAUGGAAAUCUGGCUGUGAGUGGAAAAAUCUGCAGUUUGGAAGAAACUGCUCUGAAUAACUUUCGAAACCAGCUUAUUGAUUUGAAAAACCAGCCAAAUCCCUGCUCAGGAAUUAGCUUAUCAAAGGGUGACAUUUACAAAGAGCUUCGCCUACGUGGUUAUGAUUACGGGCCAACGUUUCAAGGAGUCAUGGAAUCCAGCAGUAAUGGAAAUUCUGGGAAGAUUUUGUGGAAUGGGAAUUGGGUGACAUUUCUUGACACCAUGCUGCAUUUGAUGAUUUUGGGGGAAAUGGGACGAAAUCUGCGAUUGCCAACCAGAAUCCGUUCAGUGUGCAUUGACCCAAAACUACAUCUAGAGUUUGUUCAGAAACACACUGAAGAGACUGAAGUUUUAGAUGUUGCAGUGGACCGUUGCCUUGAUACCAUUACAGGAGGAGCUGUUCAGAUAUCUGGACUUCACUCCACCACAGCUCCUCGGCGACAGCAGGAACAGACUCCUCCCAUCCUGGAGAAAUUUUGUUUUGUACCCUAUGAUGAGAGUGGCUGCUUAUCCUCUGAUGCCAAGCUUCAGUCUACUUUUGAGCACUGCAAAGUGCUGAUCCAAAACCUACAGAAGAAGAUAGCAAAGCAUGGAGUCAAGAUAACGAUACCUGGGCUAGAUGCUCUCAAAAAUGUCACACAAGCCGAAGUUGAGCAGAAGGGUCUUGCUCAUAUUCUUGCUGAAAUCUGCCGCCUAGAGCUAAAUGGAAAUCUCUAUUCAGAACUAGAACAGGUUGUGGCUCGGGAAAAGCUGCAUCUUCAAGAAGACUCUCUUCUCAAUGGCUUGCUGGAUUUUGCUGAAUUGAAGACUUGUGUAGAUGUAGUCCUGGAGAAUAUCACCAGUCACAAGAUGAAAAUCAUAGAGGCUCUAGCAGGAGAUGGACAUCUAUUCUCACGAGUUACGAGCAUCUUAAAUACCCAGCCCAUGCUGCAACUAGACUACACUGCCACUGACCGAGUACUAAAAAAUCUGACAUCACAUGAGAACGAUUUGCAGGAAAUCGGUGCCUCUAUGGAGCAGUGGGAUCCUGCCAGUCCUCCUCCUGGAAGCUUGACAAAUGCUGAUCUCCUAGUAUGCAACUGCUCACUGAAUGCUCUCAGCAAGCCAGCCGAAACACUUUCUAACAUGGCAGCCACGGUGAAGGAUGGUGGUUUUAUCUUACUGCACACUCUUCUGAAAGGAGAAACCUUAGGAGAAAUAGUUGCUUUUCUCACAUCCCCAGGGCUUCAAGAUAAACCAGGCCUUCUAAAUCAGGUAGAAUGGGAGAACUUAUUUAAGAAGACUAGUCUAAAUUUGGUAGUUGUGAAAAGGUCAUCUUUUGGCGCAGCAAUCUUCAUAUGCCGCAAGCCACUUCCUACCAAGAAGCCCAUUUUCCUACCGGUGGAAGAAACCAAUUAUAAAUGGGUGGAACCUUUGAAGCAAAUGCUAGCAGAGCCUUCUGAACACUCUGUGUGGUUGACUGCAAAAAACUGUGGUACUUCUGGAGUUGUUGGUAUGGUCAACUGUCUCCGUCAAGAACCUGGUGGACACAGAAUCAGGUGCCUCUUCAUCUCCAAUCUGAAUGCUGCUUCUCCUAACCCGCCUACCAACUCUUCUGCUAAAGAAAUGCAAACAAUUCUGCAAAAUGAUUUGGUCAUGAAUAUUUACCGUGAUGGAAAGUGGGGCUCUUUCAGACAUCUCCCACUAAAGCAAGCUCAAUCUCAAGUGGUUACUGAAUAUGCAUUUGUGAAUGUUUUGACACGUGGGGAUCUUUCCUCUCUUCGCUGGAUUUCUUCCCCACUUCAGCAUUUCUGCACAAGCAAUCCCAAUGUCCAGCUGUGCAAAAUCCAUUAUGCAUCUCUAAAUUUCCGAGACAUUAUGUUGGCCACAGGAAAACUCUCCCCAGAUGCUAUUCCUGGAAAUUGGACACUGCAACAAUGCAUGUUAGGAAUGGAGUUCUCAGGAUAUGACCCUACAGGGAAAAGGGUAAUGGGUUUGCUACCAGCUAAAGGACUUGCUACAGUGGUAGACUGUGAGAAGAGAUUCCUAUGGGAAGUGCCACAAAACUGGACCCUGGAAGAAGCAGCUUCUGUGCCAGUGGCCUACACGACUGCUUACUAUUCCUUGGUGGUUCGAGGGGGCAUGAAGCAGGGCGAUUCUGUUCUCAUCCACUCAGCUUCAGGAGGUGUGGGCCAAGCUGCCGUUGCUGUUGCCCUAAGCAUGGGCUGCCAAGUCUUUGCCACUGUGGGUUCCAAAGAGAAACGUGAAUAUCUCCAAAAAAGAUUCCCUCAACUUGAUGCAAAUAGCUUUGCCAAUUCUAGAAAUACUUCCUUCGAACAACACAUACUGAAAGUUACUAAUGGCAGAGGUGUUGACCUUGUGUUAAACUCCUUAUCAGAAGAGAAACUCCAGGCCAGCCUUCGUUGCCUUGCUCGUCAUGGGCGCUUUUUGGAAAUUGGGAAAUAUGACCUGUCCAAUAACACACCUCUUGGAAUGGCUCUUUUCCUGAAGAACGUGGCUUUUCAUGGAAUUCUACUAGAUGCUAUUUUUGAAGACAAAAACAAAGACUGGGAAAUUGUGUCCAACCUGCUAGAAGAAGGGAUUAAAAAUGGUGUAGUAAAACCUUUGCAGACUACUUUGUUUAACAGAGAAGAAAUAGAAGCUGCCUUCAGAUACAUGGCACAAGGAAAACACAUUGGAAAAGUGGUAAUCCAGAUCCAUGAAGAAAAGAACUCUCCCAUAAAAGAACAUAGUUUAACACCGAUUCCAGCCAUCUCCCGAACAUCUUGCCCACCAAACAAGUCAUAUAUUAUCACAGGAGGCCUUGGAGGAUUUGGGCUUGAACUGGCUCAGUGGUUGGUUGAAAGAGGGGCAAAAAUGCUGGUGCUGACAUCUCGUUCAGGCAUCAGGACAGGUUAUCAGGCUAAACGAGUACAAGAAUGGAAACAGCUUGGAGUCCAGGUUCUCGUGUCAACCAGUGAUGUUGCUACUCUUGAGGGAGCCCAGCAGUUAAUACAAGAGGCUUCUCAACUAGGACCUGUUGGGGGUAUUUUCAAUUUGGCGAUGGUGCUGAAAGAUGCUAUGCUGGAAAAUCAGACCCCAGAACUUUUCUGUGAUGUCAACAAACCCAAGUAUUUGGGCACACUUAAUUUGGACCAAGUAACCCGCCAAAUGUGCCCCAAACUGGAUCACUUUGUAGCCUUCUCUUCAGUAAGCUGUGGAAGAGGAAAUGCUGGCCAAAGUAAUUACGGUUUUGCCAACUCUACUAUGGAACGUAUCUGUGAACAGCGGCGACAUGACGGCCUUCCUGGUCUAGCAAUCCAGUGGGGUGCCAUUGGUGAUGUAGGAAUUGUUUUGGAGACAAUGGGCACAAAUGACACUGUGAUUGGGGGAACUCUACCCCAAAGGAUCAGCUCAUGCUUGGAUGUGUUGGAUCACUUCCUCAACCAGCCUCACCCUGUCAUGUCCAGUUUUGUCUUAGCAGAAAAAAUGUUGGCCAAAAAUGAUGGGGGUAGCCAGAGGGAUCUUGUGGAAGCUGUUGCUCACAUUCUUGGUGUUCGUGAUGUGAACAGUCUGAAUGCUGACACCUCUCUGGCUGAUUUGGGUUUGGAUUCCCUGAUGGGAGUUGAAGUCCGCCAGACUCUGGAGCGGGACUAUGAUAUUGUCAUGUCAAUGAGAGACGUACGAUUGCUUACCAUUAACAAACUACGGGAAUUUUCCUCUAAAUCUGGGACUCAGGACAUAUUAUCCCAGGAAACCAAAGCCAGAGUGGAUUUGAAUAGUCUCUUGGUUAAUCCAGAUGGACCAACAAUAAUACCACUCAAUGAGGUGAAGAACACUGAGUCUCCACUCUUCCUUAUUCAUCCCAUUGAGGGAUCCAUCGCUGUCUUCAACACCCUUGCCUCAAAGCUCCAUAUACCAAGCUAUGGGCUCCAGUGUACCAAAGCUGCUCCAUUGGACAGUAUACAGAAUCUGGCAUCCUAUUACAUUAACUGUAUAAAAGAGAUACAGCCAAAAGGCCCUUAUCGAAUUUCUGGAUACUCCUUUGGUGCCUGUGUAGCCUUUGAAAUGUGUUGUCAGCUCCAAGCUCAGCAAAAUCCUAGCUACCUACCCAACAGCCUCUUCCUGUUCGAUGGCUCUCACUCCUAUGUAGCAGCACAUACUCAGAGUUAUAGAGCUAAGCUAACCCCAGGAAAUGAAGGUGAAACAGAGACAGAAGCAAUGUGUGCCUUUGUCCAGCAGUUCUCUGGCAUGGAGUACAAUAAGUUGCUGGAGGUUCUUUUGCCCCUACCAAAUUUGGAAGCUCGUGCUACUGCUGCAGCAGACCUGAUUACUCAAAAUCACAAAGAUAUCAGCCAUGAGGCACUCACUUUUGCUGCUGUUUCCUUUUACAACAAACUAAAGGCAGCAGACAAGUAUGUACCAGAAUCCAAAUAUCACGGCAAUGUGACACUGCUGAAAGCAAAAACCCACAAUGAGUAUGGAGAAGGUCUUGGAGGAGACUACAGGCUUUCAGAGGUCUGCGAUGGGAAGGUGUUUGUCCAUGUUGUUGAAGGAGACCAUCGUACUGUCCUAGAGGGAGAAGGUGUUGAAUCUAUCAUUGGGAUCAUUCACAGCUCAAUAGCAGAAUCUCGGGACAGUGUUCGAGAAGGCUAGAUACUUCUGAAGGCUAGAUAACCCCAAGAACUUUGUCAUCUGCUCUACAGCCAAGCCUAGGAAGUCUUAUUGAAUCAGCAUCUCUUUCCAGUACAGUAACAUUCUUGUUGCGCAGUUGCAAGGAACAAUUCUGAGGGCAACAAUCUACAUCAUUUGGCAGAGAAACACAAAAUUAGGAGCAGAUGUGUGUAUGUGUGUGUUGUACUAUGUAUUGUAUUGUAUUGUUGUCUAGAAGUAUUCCAAAGGAUAAAAUGGAAUUAACCAAGUCCAGUGACCAAGGAUGGAAGCUACAACUGAUUUUGGAGACACAUAUGUCUGUGAAGAGUCAGUCUGUAGCAAUAACAGUACAUUAAUUCCACUGAGGCUCUUUUGUACCUAUUAUUUUUAACUUGAAAUAGUCUAGGUAUUUAUUGCAUUGUUAUUUUACUAGAGGUGCAUUGUUUUAAUUUGUAACUGACUAAACAAUAAGAAUGAAAUACUCUAUUUAAGAGUAUAUUUUUCUCCUGCUUGAUCAUCUUUUUUUAAAAAAAGAAUUAAACUAAAAUUUCUUUUAAACUCAUGUCAUUUAGAAGGAAAGGAAGGUUCCCCACACAAGCAAAGCCUUUCUCUGCUUUGCUUAGUAUGGGCUUCUUUUGCAAAAUUGCCAAACUUUUAUUCAGGUUCUGAUGUAAGGAUACGGUAAUUCUGGGCAUAUAUAAAUAUAUAUAUUGGCCAAGAGUGAGAUCAAAACUUUAAAUACUUUGUUCACUUAUUUGGGAAUGCAUAAAUUAAGUAUAUACAAUCUUCCAAGCCCAAUGUAAACAUCUUCCCAAAAUGCUUUUCGUUUAGUUUGUUUAUUCCCUAUUUGCUUAUUUCCCUAUUUGAUUUACAGAGUUUCUUGUUGACAAGAAUCUGAAUCCUUCUUUCCCCAUUCUUCAAGCAGAACCUGGUGGUAAUUUUCAAUAUCUGCAAAACUUCCUAUGUAAAAAUAAUUUAAAAAUUAUUGGAGUUGAUUACAUUUCUUCUUUUAUUUUUGCCUCUUUUGUGUUUGAGAUGAAGAGUCAGUGCAUUUCUGCUGCAGUAAUGAUACAGUGGAGAUACUCUGAAAAACCAGCAAUGAGAAGGUCUGUAGUGCCUCUCCAAACUCUUUAGAGUCCAGUUUCUCAACUGGAUUAUUUUACUAGCAUCGGGGCACACAUAUUUCAUACUUGCUGAGAAGGAGUUGGCUAGCCAUCCUCUGUGGACAUGCAGCUAGAGGCACGCUUUUAGUUCUUAAUUAAGAAGUCUUUCGAAAUCAAAAAUGGAAAAAAAAUGUCCAUUGUGUUUGUGCUUUCCCCCCUUUUUUGUUUACAUUAGGAAAAACUAUGCAUCUUUUUUUUCUGCAGCUGUUCUUGAAUUAAACACUUUAAAUCUGC